AUGUUAAUUUCAUCAUUUCUCCUGGCUGAUGCUGGAUUUGAUGUAUGGCUUGGUAAUUCACGUGGAAAUAUAUACUCAUCAAAUCAUGUUAACUAUUCUGUAAAGAGUGAAUUAUUUUGGGAAUUUAGUUGGGAUCAAAUGGCAAAAUUUGAUUUGGAUGCGAUGUUUGAUGUGGUACUAACUGAAACUAAUGAACGACGCAUAUAUUAUGUUGGAUUUUCACAGGGAACAUUAAUUAUGUUUGCCAAGCUUUCACAAGAUCCAAAAUUUGCAUCAAAGGUUCGAAAAUUUUUUGCAUUGGGACCAGUUGUAACUGCUGCUCAUGUGAGAGGAUUGUUCCGACUAUUUGCUACAAAGCUUUUUCCCAAUGCUAAAAGCCGUUUAUUGGUGUAUAUCGAAGGAGAAGGUGGUACAUCAGUAAUGAAUAUGAUUCAUUGGGUACAGAUGGUUCAAAGCGGAAAAAUGCAAGCUUAUAAUUAUGGAUCAGUAAAGCAAAAUCAACUACAUUACGGACGCGAUUCACCACCAAUCUAUAAUAUAAGUUCAUUUAAUGUUCCAAUUUACCUAUAUUGGGGUAAGAAUGAUUGGUUAGCAACUGUUGCAGAUAUUCAGCAUGAAAUUGUCACUUAUCAUGGAUAUCCAUCUGAAAUACAUACUGUAACAACAGACGACGGUUAUACACUUGAACUACACCGUAUCCCAAAUGGCAAGACAGCGAAUAAUUCUGAAAAUGAAUCAAAGCCUGUAGUAUUUUUACAACAUGGUUUUAUUGGUUCAAGUGCUGUUUGGGUAACUAAUUUACCGAAUCAAUCUGCCGCAUUUAUGUUCGCUGAUUCGGGAUUUGAUGUAUGGAUGGGUAAUGUUCGUGGCAAUACUUACUCAACCAAACAUGUUAACUAUACGCAAAGUGAUUUAAAAUAUUGGAAAUUUACAUUGGAUGAAUUUGCAAAAUAUGAUUUGGAUUCGAUGAUCAAUUACGUACUUAACAUAACUCACCAGCAUUUCUUAUAUUAUGUUGGAUAUUCCGAAGGCACUCUAAUAAUGUUUGCAAAACUCUCAAUCGACCAACUUUUUGCUCAGAAAAUCCGCAAAUUUUUUGCUUUAGGACCGAUUGGUACAUUGGCUCAUAUCAAAGGCUUGGUAAAGACUGCUGCAAAAAAUUUUCUACAGCCACUUAAAAUGUUGGUUAAAAUUACCGGUAAAUUUAUGCCCAAUGAAUCAAUUUUUCAAAAGAUCAGUAAAUCAACCUGUUCGCUGAAAAAUAUUGUCGAGUAUUGUGAAAAUUUGAUGUUUCAAAUGACCGGACCUGCUACUGUUCAAAUGAAUGUGAGUCGAAUUCCGGUGUAUAUGAGUCAUUUGCCAGCUGGUACUUCCAUGGCAAAUGUUCUUCACUGGGCGCAAAUGGUGAACAGUCAAAAGAUACAAAUGUAUGAUUACGGUUCAAAAAGUAAAAAUAUAAAACAUUACAAUAUGGAAACACCACCUCUUUAUAAUUUAUCACUGACUAAUGUACCUGUUUAUUUGUAUUGGAGUGAGCAAGACUGGUUAGCUGAUAAACGUGAUGUUCAGGAUAGUUUAAUAACCAAAAUACCAAGCAAAUAUUUGAUACAAAAUAACGAAUUGCAAAAUUUCAAUCAUUUCGAUUUUAUUUGGGGAAUUCAUGCAGCCAAUCAAAUAUACAAGCCUAUCAUUGAAAUUAUAAGAAAUGACGAAGCCAAAAUAUAA